AGCGUUGGAUCAAGCGGUUUGCCGCUGAAAAGCACGGCCGCCUGGGCUUGUGCUGAGCCAGGUGAAGUCCAAAGCAGACCAAGCGGAGAUGGCGAACAUCUUCGAAAGGAAUCGUGCAGAGCUGGAAGAUCUGUGCAAGAGGCGAUUCUUCUUCCGGCAGGGCUCGGAGAUCUAUGGAGGUGUGAGCGGCUUCUAUACCUAUGGGCCACCGGGAUGCGCUCUAAAGACCAACAUCAUCAACCUCUGGCGGAGGCAUUUCAUCAUCGAGGAGAGGCUCAUGGAGAUUGAGGACACGAACAUCAUGCCGCACCCAGUGUUGAAGGCCUCCGGCCACGUGGAUCGCUUCAGCGAUUUCCUGGUUCGCGAUGUCUCGGAUGACAAGAAGUUCUACCGAGCCGACAAACUUUUGGAGGACGUGAUGGAGGACAAGCUCAAGGAGAAGGGCCUGGCGGCCGAGAAGGUGAAGGAGUACACGUUGGUCAGGAAUCAGGCGGACGCCUACUCCCAGGAGGAGAUCUCGGAGAUUUUCAGGAAAUACGACAUUCGCGCACCGGAGUCCGGCAACAAGCUCACCGAGCCCGAGCCCUUCAAUCUGAUGUUUCCGACGCCGAUUGGACCAUCGGGCCUCAUCCCAGGGUACUUGCGCCCUGAGACUGCUCAAGGCAUUUUUUUGAACUACAAGUUUUGCCUCGAGCAGAAUCAGAACCGCCUGCCCUUCGGCGUGGCGCAGGUUGGGAAGUCCUUCAGGAACGAGAUCGCGCCGCGGCAGGGACUGACGCGGCAGCGCGAGUUUACGCAGGCAGAGAUUGAGUGGUUUGUGAAGCCUACGGCCAAGCAGCUCAAGAAGUUCGAGGCGGUGAGCUCUGAGCAGAUGAUGCUUUUCUCCUCAGACCUGCAACUCGCGGGGAAGUCCGCGGAGACCAUUACCAUUGGAGAGGCUGUCAAAAGCGGCAUGGUGAACAAUGAGACCCUGGGCUACUUCAUGGCGAGGACUGGUCUCUUCCUCACCAGCAUCGGCGUCAAGCCGGAGCAUCUCCGCUUCCGCCAGCACCUCCCCACAGAGAUGGCCCACUACGCCUGCGACUGCUGGGAUGCUGAGAUCGAGACCUGCUAUGGCUGGCUGGAGUGCGUCGGAAUUGCCGACCGCUCCUGCUUUGAUCUCAAUGCCCACGCCAAGGCGGCGAAGGUGGAUUUGGCCUUCAGGGAGAAGCUGGAUCAGCCAAUUGAAAUGGAAGUGCUGAGACUGAAGAAGGACGCUGGAGUCGCCAUGAUGAAAGCCUUCAAAAAGAGUGGCCGUGUAGUCAAGGAGUGGGUUGAGAAGCUCCCUCAAGAAGAGCUGAAGGCUCUAAUCGACGAGGCAACAAAGGAUGGCAAAGCAGUGAGGACUGUUGAAGUGGCUGACGACCAGACUGAGGAAUGCACCUUCCUCCCGGAGCACUUGGUUUGUGAGACCAAGAAGGUCUGUUCAAAAGCGGGCUGCCUUUUUGACUUACAGGAGAAGCAGUCCACAGUGCAGUUCACCCCAGGUGUGGUUGAGCCCUCCUUUGGCAUCGAUCGCAUCCUCUUCUCGGUGCUGGAGCACUCCUUCUAUGUGAGGCCCAAGGACGAAAGCGACGAGGAGAAGCAGCAGAAGAACGUGCUGCGGUUCUCGCCCAACAUUGCGCCCUACAAGAUGACCAUUUUGCCCCAGGACCAGAGAGUCCAGCGUACGGACAAGUACGCCGAGUUGAUGCAACUCAUGCAGAGUGGGGCCGCCUUGUGCGGCCACACCUGCACGGUAGAUGACAGCAGCGCCACUUUGGGAAAGAGGUAUGCCAGGAACGAUGAGGUGGGCAUCCCUUUCGCCUGCACCGUAGACUUUACAAGCUUAGAGGAUUCCACGGUGACUUUGCGAGAGCGUGACUCCACAGAGCAGAUCCGCCUGCCGGCGGCGGAGGUUGCGGCCCUUUUGGACCAGCUCUGCCUGAGGAGGACAACUUGGAAAGAUGCACAAGCUCGCUAUCCCGCACGUUCGGCUGGCUACCCGUGAGAGUGAGCCUGGUAAGACAAUUUCCAUAGGAAGAGACUGGCUGUGCAGUGUGCAGUGUACAGAUCUUUAGCCGGAUGUGUGCAGUUUCAGAUUGGUGCAGUCAGUAGAGUAUGUUAUGUUUGGCA